CAGAGCCUUCGGAAGCUCGUGCGUUCCCUGGCUGUGCCGCCGGCUACUAUCCUGGUGUUCCGGAGCUGCCAGGGCCCGAAAGCUCUAUCCUGAAGAGGUGGCCUUUGGGGCUGCAGCGUUUCCAGCUCAGUACCUGUCCUCUGAGCUCUCCGUCCACCCGUGCAGCUACUCUCCUUACCCCGUGGAGUCCACGGUGCCCGGCUCCCCGUACGCGUACGGCCACCCCGGCCGUUACCGAGCGUUGCAGACUGUGAGGCCGCGGAGCGAGCAGAUGAGCGCUGUCCCCCCGGGCCCGAAAGCUCUGUUUAAGAGAAAAACGUAUGAUGAGCAAAAGUUUGAUAGCAGGAAGGCUGACGGAUCUCCGCCAUCUGAUCUGAAAUCAGAUGCUUAUCACCGACGGGCGGACAGGAAGUCCAGAAUCGUCGAGAAAAGUGGAUCUGCCUCCAAACCGGAGUUUGAAUUUACCAGGCUGGAUUUUCCUGAGCUGCGGGGCCCAGAGAAGAGAGAGCUGGCAGAGUUGCAGAAGCAGCCCCCGUGGGGGCCUCUCCGCGCCGCCUCAGCCGACCUCUCUCUCCUCGGGGAGGUGGGGAAGCCCGCCGUGGGGCCAGCAGAGGGUGCAGGAGCGGCGGGAAGCCUACGCACGGCCGAGUCCCGGGCCGCCGGGUCCGUGGCCGGGCCCCCCUCGUGCGCCAGAGAGUUAUCUUGGACACCAAUGGGUUAUGUUGUUCGGCAGACAUUAUCUACAGAACGGCCACCGACCCCUAAAAACGUUACUUCCACGAUAAACCUAAAGACGGUGGCUUCAUCAGCAGACCCCAAAAGUGCUAGUAUGUCACCCUCUGAAGUUUUCUCUUCCGACGCUUCCUGCAGAGAGAAACCCGUCUACCCGACUAAAAAGUCCAAAGCGUCACAAGGUGGUGAUCCUGAGCAAAAUGAAGCCUCAAGAAAGCAUAAGAAAAAGAAAGAAAAGCCUAAAUCAAAAUAUGAAGUGUUGACCGUCCAAGAGCCACCAAGGAUUGAAGAUGCCGAGGAGUUCCCCAAUCUGACGGCGGCGUCUGAGAGAAGAGACCGAGGCACGUGUCCGAGAUUUCCAUCCAGGCAGCAGCCACAGAAUACCUCUAAGAGCAGUGGGAAGAAGAGCCAGAUUCCGGUGCAGCUGGACUUGGGUGGGGUGCUGGCGGCCUUGGAAAAGCAGCAGCACCGCCAGGGCGCGCGAGCGUCCUCCAGGCCGGCGGUGGUCUCGGUUGGGGCAGUGCCGGUUCUCUCCAGAGACCCUGCGUCGGGGAAGAAGGGCCACUUUAGCCAGGUGAAGACCCCGCACAACCCCUUGGACUCCAGCGCCCCGCUGAUGAAGAAGGGGAAGCAGAGGGAGGUCCCCAAGGCCAAGAAGCCAACCUCAUUGAAGAAGAUUAUUUUGAAAGAACGGCAAGAGAGAAAGCAGCAGCGUCUCCAAGAAAACGCCGCAAGCCCGGGUCCGGCCAGUGACGCGGGGCAGGACGGCGAGAGCGAUGGCGAUGAGACCCUGGAGCAGGCUGAGCCCUCGGAGGGCGUGGGGGAGUCAGUGUCCCCCGCUCCCACGGGGCAGAGCGAGUCAGAAGAGCCGCCACGAGUCGAGCCCCAGAAGGAGGGGGACGGCCACCGCCUGGUCCCCGACGGCGCUGGCUGCCCCAGGAUCCACAGCCGGAGGUUCCGGGACUACUGCAGCCAGAUGCUGAGUAAGGAGGUCGACGCCUGCGUCACAGACCUGCUCAAAGAGCUGGUGCGCUUCCAAGACCGAAUGUACCAGAAGGAUCCAGUCAAGGCCAAGACCAAGCGGCGGCUGGUGCUGGGGCUCAGGGAGGUGCUCAAGCACCUGAAGCUCAGGAAGCUGAAGUGCAUCAUCAUCUCUCCUAACUGCGAGAAGAUCCAGGCCAAAGGCGGGCUGGACGACGCCCUGCACACCAUCAUCGGCUGCGCCUGCGAGCAGGGCGUCCCGUGCGUGUUUGCCCUCAGCCGUAAAGCCCUGGGGCGCAGCCUCAACAAGGCCGUCCCCGUCAGCGUGGUGGGCAUCUUCAGCUACGACGGCGCCCAGGACCAGUUCCACAGAAUGGUGGAGCUGACGAUGGCCGCCCGGCAGGCGUACAAGACGAUGCUGGAGAACGCGCGCCAGGAGCUGGCGGGGGAGCCUGGGCCCCCCGCCCCCGGCAGCCCGCCCGCGCCCCCGCAGGCCGCCCCCGCUCCCGCCGCAGGGGCAGACGAACCACACUACAUGGAGAUCUGGAGGAAACACCUGGAAGCCUACAGCCGGUGUGCCCUGGAGCUGGAGGACUCGCUGGAGGCUUCGACCUCUCGGAUGAUGAACCUGAACUUGUAGGAGGACUUUGUGGGGAGUGUUAUGGAUUUGGGGUGAGGAAGGGGGUGCGAAAGACUUUGGGGCCUUCUCAGUUUCUCGUUGACCCAAUGUGUUCUGUGUGGCUGUUUAAUUGGGAAGCGAAUCCGAGCUGUGCACCCAGGGAGCGGGCACUCGGGUGUGCCAGCGGGAGCCUUUCCGGAAAUUGCGGAGUGGUGGCUUUGGGUCUGUGAGCACUCGGUCUGGAAGAGACUGUGUGCUGCCCGGCGUUGGUUGCUCGGAGGACGCCGAGUGCGUGCCAGGCCGCGGCCGCCCGCCAGCACGACCCCAGAGGCGGCGGCUUUCUGGGGACCUGGCUUUCUGGCUGGAAGAUUUGCUAAAAUGAGCCGGGGGUGGGGGGGGAGGGUUGGUUCUUUAACCUGUGAUCUUUUGACAUGGAUUAUUCCUUUUUGGUUUUAUUUUUCCAAGGAGCCAUGUAUAUCGAGGUUCGAAAUCUGUUUUGAUAAUCUACAAAUCCUGUUUUUCUUAUUAAUGAACAUGCUGUAGCUGCGGUUUCUGGCCAGCAGCAUACUGCCCUCGUGCUCUCCUGUGGGAGGGUGUAUUUAUUUGGAAUAAAGAGCAGUGAUUUAAGA